AUGGGGGAUGUGAACCAGUCAGUGGGCUCGGACUUCAUUCUGCUGGGCCUCUUCAGCCACUCAGGGUCGGACGAGCUCCUCUUCUCCCUGGUGGCCGCUGUGUUCAUCACGGGCCUUCUGGGAAACACCAUCCUGCUCUUUCUCAUCCGCAUGGACUCCCACCUGCACACACCCAUGUACUUUCUGCUCAGUCAGCUCUCUCUGUUUGAUGUUGGCUUCCCACUGGUCACCAUCCCCAAGAUGGCAGCCGAUUUCCUGCAGGGAGCGGGAGCCAUCUCCUUUGGGGGUUGUGCAGCUCAGAUAUUCUUCUUGACGAUGAUGGGGGUGGCUGAGGUCGUCCUCCUGGCCCUCAUGUCCUAUGACCGUUACGUCGCCGUGUGCUACCCCUUGCAGUAUCCUUUGCUCAUGAGACGCCAGGUGUGCGUGCUCAUGGUGGGCGCCUCCUGGCUGGCAGGGGUACUCAACGCCUCUGUCCAAACCUCCAUCACCAUGCACUUUUUCCCCUACUGCGCCUCCCGCGUGGUGGACCACUUCUUCUGCGAGGUGCCUGCGCUGCUGAAACUCUCCUGUGCAGACACCUCCGCCUAUGAGUUGGCGCUGUCCAUCUCCGGAGUGCUGAUCCUGGUGCUUCCACUCUCGCUCAUCGCCACCUCCUACGGCCACGUGCUGGGGGCUGUCCUACGCAUGCGCUCGGAUGAGGCCCGGCACAAAGCCAUCACCACCUGCUCGUCGCACAUCACGGUGGUGGGGCUCUUUUACGGAGCGGCUGUGUUCAUGUACAUGGUGCCAGGUGCCUACCACAGCCCACACCAGGACAAUGUGGUCUCCCUCUUUUACAGCUUGGUCACGCCCACACUCAACCCCCUCAUCUACAGCCUGAGGAACCGGGAGGUGAGAGUGGCUUUAGUCAAAAUGCUCAAGAGAGCUGGACUCAGGCCAAAGUGA